UUUCUUUAUAAAAAAAAAAUUCUGCUCAAUGAGACAAAUUUAUUUUUUAAACAUGAUCAAAAUCAUCAUAUAAAAGUAGCAUAAUACUAUUAAUGAUUAUAAGUAAUUUGGAACAUUAAGAGACAUAAUAUCUUUUCUUUUUAAAAUCUAUAAAAAUGUCCCCAUCUGACAGUAUUUUCAAGUAAAAGACAGCUGAAACCUUUGGGUGUAGACCAGUGCGUCACCUUUCUGUUUACAUUUUAGUUGUGUUCAUGGAGGAUUAAGUGUCUUGUAAUUGUGACAACAUGUCAGUCAAAUGACUUCAGCUAAGAUAAAUUUACUCAGCCUUGCCUGUCACCUGAAAAGAGUCGGGGUGUUUCCUGUGUGAGCUUAUCCUUUCAUUAAGUUAAGUUCGUUUCAGGAGGGCUUUGGUUGCUGAAUGGUUGCAGCAUAUGCCAUGUAACCAUGGAUCUUUGUUCAUGUCAAACUCCUUUCAAACACUCUUUCUCUUUUCCAUGUUUCCUUUCUGCCUCUUCGCUAAUAACUAUAGCAAAAACACCAAAAAUAAUCUUUAAAAUAAAGAUUUGUUUUGGGUUUUAACUUGGGUCUUAACAGUAAAUCUGUUUGCAGAAGCUGUUCCUCCCUUUUUGGCUGUAUAAAAUCAAGACUGCAACCUUUGAGGUCACUGGUCAACGAAAAUUUUCACGAGUCACUCCAACCGGCAGGAUCUCCCACAUGAGGAUGAUGAAGCUGAAUCUCUUCUCUGCUGUCUUGGCCAUCCUGCUGGGCCUUUCAGUACAAAAUUACGCCCUGGUGCGACCUCAUGAGGAGGGUGUGAACACCAAUAUAUCUCACCGUUUAGAUGUAACUUCACGAAUUCUGGAGGCAAACAAAGGCAUCAACCAUGCUCUGGUGGAGGGCGAUGUUGCUCUUUCAAAGAACAGGAAUGCCAUGAAAUGCUGGAGAGACUAUUGCAAAUGGAAAAAAUCCUACAAUGGACUGGUUGAAGUACCCUACACCAUCAGCGAUUAUUUUUAUGACAGUGAAAGGGCCUCAAUUGAAAAAGCUAUGGAAGCUUUCCACCAGAAAACCUGCAUUCGUUUUGUUCCUUAUCAUGGCCAGUCUGACUACCUGAGCAUUGAGAGUGAACUUGGGUGCUGGUCCAAUAUUGGUAGAGAUGGAGGUCAGCAGGUGGUUUCUCUGUCUGUGUAUGGUUGUCUUGAUUAUGGGGUCAUUCAGCACGAGCUCCUCCAUGCGCUGGGCUUCCACCAUGAGCACACAAGGAGCGACAGGGACCAAUAUGUCAGGAUCAACUGGGAAAAUAUCCCAACUGAAAAUGCAUACAACUUCCACAAAACGGACACCAACAACUUGAACACCCCAUAUGACUAUUCCUCUGUUAUGCAUUAUGGAAGGACUGCCUUCACAUCAACAUAUGGAGCAGAUACCAUUACUCCCAUCCCAGAUUCCUCUGUGCCAAUUGGACAGAGGGAUUCUAUGUCUGAUAUUGAUAUCCUCAGGAUCAAUAGGUUAUACGAAUGCAGUAAGUAUAGACAUGGUUAAAGAUACAGAUUAAUCCACUGUCUUUACUGACUAUUAAAAUUUAUUUUAAAGACAUUUCUGCUUAAUAAUAAUAAUUAUUAUAAUAAUAAUUGAA